AUGGAAUAAAAACUACAAAUUUCAGGUGUCUUCCUCUGUGUUUUUGUCUCUCUUCGGUGGUUUCGUAGUUUUGGGGGGUUUUUUGGAUUUGUGACAGUUUUCUCACCGUUUCCCCCGUUUUUUAUAAAUUAUUUACAUUUCUAUUCACGGUCUAAAUGUGUUCAUGUUACAUUUUGGCCAGUUCCAUGCCCCUGAACACUGUGUUGCGUUUAACAACGUGCCGUACAACAAGUAAAUAACGUUAGUCCUUAUUAUGAGCGGCUUAGUCGUGUCGCACUUCAGUCUUCAUGGAGCCCUCUCAGUGCGUGCCUCUGGAGCGCUUACCUUUCAACAACACGGUGUUGAAAAAGCUUCCUGUGGAUGAUUCAGAGGAGACCGGGUCUCGGACGGUCCCAGCGGCAUGUUUCUCCCGAAUUCGGGCUCUUCAGCCUCUGGUACGUCCGACCUUUGUGGCCCUAUCUCAGUCAGCGCUGACUCUGCUCGACCUGAAUGUGCAGGACGUGUUGACGAACCCCCUGGGCCCGGAGUAUUUGAGCGGUUCCAGGCUGCUACCGGGCUCCGAGCCGGCUGCGCACUGUUACAGCGGGCACCAGUUCGGUCUGUUCGCGGGACAACUGGGAGAUGGAGCGGUGAUGUACCUGGGAGAGAUAGAGGGCACCCACGGGCGAUGGGAGAUUCAGGUGAAAGGUGCAGGAGUCACACCCUACUCCAGAGAGGGUGACGGAAGGAAGGUGCUUCGCUCCAGUAUCAGAGAGUUCCUGUGCAGCGAGGCCAUGGCCGCCCUGGGGAUACCCAGCACCCGUGCAGCCUCCCUCGUGACCUCCGACCUCUAUGUCACCAGAGAUCCACUCAACAGUGGCAGGCGCAUUCCUGAGCGCUGCUCAGUCGUCCUGCGUCUUGCCCCGUCCUUCCUCAGAUUUGGAUCUUUUGAGAUCUUUCUGGGCCGAGAUGAUUUCUCAGGCCUGCAGGGACCCAGCGCAGGGCGCCAUGACAUUCGCGCUCAGCUGCUGGAUUAUGUCAUUGAGACUUUUUAUCCUUGCAUCCAGCAGACUCAUUGCAACCGAAAAGACAGGAAUAUGGCUUUUUUUAGAGAGGUGAUGAUGCGAACUGCUAAGCUAGUCGCUCAGUGGCAGUGUGUUGGUUUUUGCCAUGGUGUCCUUAACACAGACAACAUGAGCAUCCUGGGUCUUACUCUGGAUUAUGGCCCCUUUGGUUUCAUGGACAGAUUUGAUCCAGAUUUCGUUUGCAACACAUCGGACAAAAGAGGACGCUACUCUUACCAAGCCCAGCCAUCUGUGUGCCGCUGGAACCUGGCUCGCCUAGCAGAGGCGUUGGGCUCUGAGCUGGUUGGAGCUGAGGCAGGCGCUGUCCUGGAUGAAUUCAUGCCCACAUACGAAGCCUUCUACCUGUGCAUCAUGAGGAAAAAGCUUGGACUUGUGAAAAAAGAAGAGGCAGAGGACAGCGAGCUCAUAUCAGACCUGCUGCGCCUCAUGCACAACACUGGUGCAGAUUUCACGAACACCUUCCGCCUGCUCAGCCAUGUCCCCUGGCCUGACGAGGGCGACAGUGAGAGGCCCACAGUGGGGCCAGUAGUGGACCUCAUCCUAGAGCAGUGUGCCUCUAUUGAGGAGCUAAAGGUGGCUAAUAAGCCAACUAUGGAGGACCGUGAAUUGGCGAUGAUUCUUUCCAUGGCACAGACCAACCCAGUCAUGUUUGGGCUGGUGGCAGAUAGUCCGGGUGUGUCCGAGCAACUGGAACGGAUGGGACGGCUAAAAGAGCUGCUUGAGACAGAUCAGGAUGAGCUUAAGAAAAAGCAGCGAGAUGACUGGAUUCGCUGGGUUAGCCGAUACAGGAGGCGUUUAGCCAGGGAGUGUGAUGCCACAAGUGAGUUGUCUGUCAUCAAAAAGGAGAGACUCAGAGUGAUGAACAGCACCAACCCCCAUGUUGUCCUGCGCAACUACAUCGCCCAGAAUGCAAUUGAGGCUGCAGAAGUAGGAGACUUCUCUGAGGUCGACAGGGUCUUAAAGGUUCUGGAGAAACCAUAUUCAGAUGCCUUUGGAGCUGAGUCUUUUGAUGGAUCUUAUGCAUGCGGUGAAAAGGAGCAGAAAGUGAGGGGGGUGACUGUCAGCUACAACAGGAAACCUCCUGCCUGGGCACAAAGAAUUUGUAUCACCUGAUCUUCGUAGGGCCUCCUAGACAGUUGAAGGAGAGAGGUCUGCUUCCUGAAGGGAGGACGUAACCCAGUGUGUUCCAGUGUUCAUCAGUAUGGUUAUAGAUACAUUUUUUGUGUGAUCAUAACGCCUUUAUUGCAGUGUUUAAAGGUGUUAAAGAGUAACACAACAUCACAGUAAAAACUGUAUAAAUUACCAAGUACAACUAAAUGCUAUGAAGAUACAGCACAGUAGAUGAAUUAGCUGAUGAAGUAUGAUGGCUCCGAUGACCAGUCACACUAUGACCUGUCUGGGUCUGAAACACCAGGAACACACUGAUGAUCAGUUAUUUACUUAUGGUCCACAUGUCGAUAGCCACACAUAUGAGCAAUUCAAAUGUUUACAAUCAGUUUCUUAAACUUACCGCAGAUAGAAUAGAAAGAAUGAUUGUUGGCAUUUUGUUUCAGACUGUUUCUCAAAGCUUUAAAUAAAGUGUGUUAAUUAA